AUGACAGAGCUUUUCAACCCUAUCGGCGAGAAGGUCGAGCAGGCCGUCCAGGCCAAUGGCGAGGCCGAGGAUGACUUCAAGCCCAUCGAUGAGAUCGAGUCCCUCUGCAUGAACUGCCACGAGAAUGGUAUGACACGCCUCCUCCUCACCAAGAUUCCCUAUUUCCGCGAGAUUAUCAUCAUGUCCUUCAACUGCGACCACUGCGGCUUCAACAACAACGAGAUCCAGCCUGCUGGUACCCUCCAGCUCAAGGGUGUCCACUACGAGCUCCGGUUAAGAGAUAUGGAGGACUUCCAGCGCCAGGUUGUCAAGUCCGACACUGCCACCGUCAAGUUUAUCGAGCUCGAUGUCGAGGUCCCCGCUGGCAAGGGUCAGCUCACGAACGUGGAGGGCCUCCUAACCACCAUCGUGGAUGAUCUCGUCUUCGACCAAGAGAAGCGUAUGAAGGAAACCCCUGAGGCGGCCGCCAAAGUUGCUGAAGUCAUUGCCAAGGGCAGACAAAUGCUCGCCGGAGAGGCGUUCCCCUUCCGUGUGUCUGUCGACGACCCGGCUGGCAACAGCUUUAUCGCCCCUGACCCUCGCGACGGCGUUGGCAAGUGGGAGAAGGGCGAGUACCUCCGUACACCUGAGCAGAACGAGGCUCUCGGUCUCGCCGACACCAACACUGAAGGCCUUGACGACAAUGGCGACAUCAUCCCCGAUCAAGUCUACCAGUUCCCAGCCUCUUGCCCGGGCUGCAUGCACCCCUGCACGACCAACAUGAAGAUGGUCGACAUCCCCCACUUCAGACAAGUCGUCAUCAUGAACACGAGCUGUGAUGACUGCGGUUACAAGUCCAACGACGUCAAGACGGGUGGUGAGGUCCCUGAGAAGGGCAAGAAGGUCACCAUCAAGAUCAAGACCCCUGUGGAUCUUGCCCGCGAUAUCCUCAAGAGCGAGAGCUGCCAGCUCGAGUGCCCCGAGCUCAGCCUUUCCGUCAACCCAGGCACCCUCGGUGGAAGAUUUACCACCGUCGAGGGUCUCCUCACCCAGGUCCGCGAUGACCUCCACAAACAAAUCUUCGAGGCCGAUGCCGACGUGGAGAAGACUAAGCGCAAGAACGACUCUCUGGACAGCACCGAGGCGUCGAGGUGGAAUGACUUCUUUGAUGGGCUCAAUUCUGCCAUCAAGGGCGAGAGGGAGUUUACCAUUGUGUUGACUGACCCAUUGGCGGCCAGUUAUGUUCAGAGCUUAGCUGAUAACCCGGAUGAGCCUGAUGAGCAGAUGACCGUCGAGGAGUAUGAGCGGACAGAGGAGGAAGAGGAGGAGUUGGGUUUGUUGGACAUGAAGACUGAGAAUUAUGAGAAUGAUGUUUGA